AUGUCGCUUGUUGCAGAGGACAAGUCUGAAGUUGAUGUCGUGGUUGACAUUGACAAUGGUUGUUCUGACGAGCAGCAAAGGUGUUCCGAGAUUGUGAGAGUGGUAGCUGAUGUGAAGGUGCAUUUGGCUAAGGUGGAAAGGGAUUGCAGGAUUUGCCAUCUCAGCAUGGAUAUGACCAACCAUAACCAUGAAUCUGCCGCUCCCAUUGAGCUUGGAUGUUCUUGCAAAGAUGAUUUGGCUGCUGCCCACAAACAAUGUGCUGAGGCUUGGUUCAAGAUCAAGGGUAACAAAACUUGUGAAAUAUGUGGAUCCAUUGCACACAAUGUAGCUGGUGUAAUUGAAGCUGAAAUGACAGAAGAAUGGACUGGAGCAAAUGAUGGAUCCACCAUACCACCAAAUGGACCUGCCCCUGCUGCAGAAACUCGAAAUUUCUGGCAGGGUCAUCGCUUCUUGAAUUUUCUUCUUGCAUGUAUGGUAUUUGCUUUUGUCAUAUCCUGGCUUUUUCACUUCAAUGUGCCCUCAUGA